UCGAGUUUGUGUCGCUUGUGGCUCUGCGGAUCGGUUUUGGAAUCGGAAAUAAUGGAGGCUGGCGCGAAGUGUAGAGUGAUUUCUCUGCUGGUGGUGUGUCUUGUGCCGGCUGCUACCUCUUGGACCUGGAACAGCGUCUUCCUGUCAGGAACUAAGGCAGGGAUGCCCUUGGCAGAGAGCAUCGCGACCGGGGCUCAGACGGGCAUGAGUGAGUGCGAGAGGCAGUUCACAUGGGACCGCUGGAACUGCCCGCCUCAGGCCUUCACGAAGCUGCACGAAGGAGAACCUGCCACGCGGGAGCGGUCCUUCAUGCACGCCAUCACCGCCGCCGGCGUCGUGUUCACCAUCACCAAGAACUGCUCUCGGGGGGAGCUGGAGGGCUGCUCGUGCUCGGGCGGCCAAGGCGGGAGGCGGAGGGACUGGAAGUGGGACGGCUGCUCGGAGAACGUCGAGUUCGGCUCCAGGAACAAGCAGUUCCUGGACGCGCUCGAGACAGGCCAGGACGCAAAGGCACUCGUAAACCUCCACAACAACUUGGCUGGCAGAACGGCCGUCAAGAGAGCCAUGCGGCGCGUGUGUAAGUGCCACGGGAUGUCUGGGUCCUGUGCCACGCAGACAUGCUGGCUGCAGCUCGAGAACUUCGCCAUCAUCGGCAAUGCCCUGAAGAAGGAGUACCGCCGCGCCUCCCGACUGCGUGACACCGAUGCGCUGGAGGCCGCCUCGAACUCAGUGGUGCAGCUGCCGCAAGAAGACGGCGAGGAGAACUCCAUUCCCAAUGUGGACGCCCGACGCCUUGUCUAUCUGGAUCCUUCGCCCAACUUCUGCCUUGCAAAUAAGACUGCGGGAUGGCUAGGCACGGUAGGGCGCGAGUGCUCCAGGGCUCGAGGAAAGGAUGUGGCGAAGGAACAGAGGUCGUCCUGCCGCAAGCUGUGCCGGGAGUGCGGCCUGCAGGUGGCACGAAGGAUCGUCACAGUCAAGUCGUCCUGCAACUGCCGAUUCAAAUGGUGCUGCAGCGUCGAGUGCGACACCUGCGUCAAGAAGGUGGCGAGGUUUACCUGCGUUAAACCUUUGAUGCAGCGCACUAAUCGUUAUUAAUCUUUAUAUCAUAAUCUAUUAUAGAAAUUUUAUUCGAAAAAGAACACAUAAACAUAAAUAUUAUUUAUCGAACGAUUAAUGUCGAUCUGUAUAGAGCAGUUCUCACUUUGGUUUUACAGCUCAUACACAGCUUGUAGCAGAGGCGGAGUACAAACACGAAAACAAAUACAAAGACACUAAGCCAACACUCCAUAACAACCGUAAACACUUCUUUAAACCUUCAAGAUCAGAACGGUAAUACAUCCGAAGUUGCCGAUUCGAUUAUGGUUCUGUAUUUCUUUUUCUGCCUGUACAUAAUGUUUAGAAUUAGUGGCCCAUGACAUUUAAUAUACCAGUGUGGCUUAUUUAACGCCGUCCACAUUCCAUGUACAAUAAAUAUUUGAAAGAA